AUGGACACCGAAAAAGCUAAGAUGAUUCGUGGUGACCUGUUUAUCGCAGCUGAUUCGACAUUGGCUGAGGAUCGACGCUCAGCACGUGAGCUGACCAAGCAGUUCAAUGACAUGACCCAAGCGGAGAGUCCUGAAGCCAAGACUGUGAUGAAGCAGCUCCUAGGUGCAAUCGGGGAGGACUGUCGGAUCGAGAUGCCCUUCCGUUGCGACUACGGCUACAAUAUCCGAAUCGGGGACAACGUCCAGAUGAACUUCAACUGUGUGUUUCUCGACGGGUGUCCGAUCACUAUCGGCAACCGAGUCUUUCUGGCCUCGAGCGUGCAGCUAUACACGGCCAGUCAUCCGCUUGAUCCGGAGGUGCGCUCUUCGGGCCUUGAGAUCGGCAAGCCUAUCACGAUCGAAGACGACGUCUGGCUUUGUGGCAAUGUCGUCGUCGUCCCUGGAGUCACCAUUGGCCGCGGCGCCGUAAUCGGUGCUGGAAGUGUUGUCACGAAAGCUGUACCACCAAUGUGCGUGUAUGCGAGAUAA